AUGUCUGGAGUGGCAGCGGCCACCGAUGUCUGCCAGAGGGCCCAGUUGAGUUGCGUGCUAGAGUGGUGCGGCAUUGUUCACACAUUAGAGCUGGAGCGAGCAAGCCAGGCUAGCGAGGUGGGCCUUGUGCACUACACGGGCCAGGGGUGUGCUGGAUUCGAGCUGGGCUUAGCGUGCUACAUGAGUUUGCCGAGCUGGCUACUUGGGCUAGUUCAUGUGGCUUGGCCUAGCGCGACGAAACGAGUCCGUAGACACGUAGUGGACUCAAAUCGGAGUUGUAACGAAGGAGUUACGAUUAAAAGAAAUUCGAGGGCACGACCAGCCGACUUUGGGAGCUGUUUUCUCUCAGCUCCGACUCCCGAUUCAAGCAAGACCAGUGCCAAACGAACCACCAAACUUCCCUCUUCCAGCCCCAGCCCUUCACCGCCUCAAUCCGCUGCUAUAGUCGCCGGAAUCCACCACGAAACAGGCGGUGCUAGACAGUUUUUGACAGAACUUCCAACCUUUCGUUCUUCGUCGUCCGGCCACCAAAUUGGACGAGUGAGACCGCCAGGAAUUGAUCAAGCCACCCACGCGCUGCAGGCGCGUGUGGUGGCGCGUGGGCAGAUUGGUAGAGAUCACAUUCAGUUUUAG